CUUCUCUACUUUUUUAUACGAUCAAUGGUUACCGUCAUGAUGGUUACCGUGCCGUGACUGCCGUGCCCGCGUAAUAGAGGUUAGGUUGCAAGUUUCAUUGGAUUGGACAUUGCAAUCGAUCUCAAAUUUUUUCGCAUAUUGGAACGACUGUUAUUGUCUGUCAUAUUUUAUACAGCAUUGAUUCCAUGUGUAAACAAUUAUGGCGUCCAAAGUCACAUUCAGGAUAACUCUCACGUCCGACCCUAAUCUGCCAUACAAAGUACUUAGUGUACCGGAAAAUACUCCGUUUACUGCCGUGUUAAAAUUCGCUGCUGAGGAAUUUAGAGUGCCGCCAGCUACGUCGGCCAUAAUUACGGACGAUGGCAUAGGAAUUAAUCCUCAACAAACUGCAGGAACUGUAUUUCUUAAAUACGGCGCGGAACUCAGAUUGAUCCCCAGAGAUCGCGUUGGAUACACUAGAUGAAUUAUGUGAUACUGUAUUUAUUUAUAUCGUACUUUGGCAUAUGUGUUGCGUAAAAAAUGAUGAAAAAAAAGUCGCUGGCGGAAUAUUAUAAAAGUUCAUAUACACAUAUAAAGUUAUGAAAGGUCACUUGUCCGCAAUAAAAACAUUCCACGUGCUUUCUGAAACUAA